CGUUGGCCGAUCACCGUUGCGAAGCAAAGUGCAUGGGAUCCAAUAAACAAUGGAGCAGUUUAUCUUUUGGCGAUGUCUGGAAAACCCUUGGUGGCCCAUCAACUUCACAGCGGAAUGUUACAAUUAAAUGCAUUGUGGACACAGGAAAUAACACCGCAUUAGGCUUCCUACUUUGAAGAAAAAACAACCCCAAAACCUAAUUAAGACAACUUACACCCCUCAUUCUGAAAGCUGUGUCUCAACACUGACAUGACGAGUCAUUGGAUUAAUUAACGCGCAUCACUUGUCCAUGAUCGGAUGUCGCCUUUAGGUGGGGGCUACUCCCGUCUCUAGUGUGGGUUUCUACUCCCGAACGGUGGGCUACUGUUACGUCACACGGGACGGGACCACGCGCAUAUCAAAUAAGCAAGCAGUAGCCUAGAGUGUGUGUGUGUGGUUGCUCCUGUGUCUCUCCUUCAUUCAGACGCAUGCUGGUCUCUCCGCCGAACGCCUUGCUGAAGUUGACACAGUGGAGGUCUCUUCCAAUUACAGGACAAUUCAGCCAGGAGGAUAUUGUUUGAAAGUUGGAUUACAGCUUGCAGCGGAAAGGAGUCGCCUAUACUGCCGGUCGGCUGCAGCCCAGAAGAUGUAGUGAAGUGGAGGAAAGCAACAUAAAAAAGAGACUCAUGGCCAUGUGGUGAGCCUAGCUUAAGCCCCCCCUAUGCUGUGCACCCCCUGUCCUCGUCCCUCACUCACCCCCUCCAACGCCGACCGAAGGACAGAGGCAUGUCCCAGGUGUUCCUGCAUCUGGCCAUACUAACCGUCUCCAGCAUCCAGGUAUCUCCGGCUGUCGCGCUGGAUAAACUGAAGGAGGACUGGUUACAGUACGAAAAGGAAUGUAACCACAACAACACCAGGGCCCCGCCCUCCACCGGUCUGGUGUGCAUCCGAAAUUUUGACCUUUAUGCGUGCUGGCCCGAUGGAUGGCCCAACACCACGGUGGGUGUCCGGUGUCCCUGGUACCUGCCCUGGCACAACGAAGUCCACAACGGCAUGGUGUAUCUGGACUGCCAGCACAACGGACAGUGGGUUUCGGACAAGAACACAAGCGAGUGUGAGUUGAAUACUCCCAGCCAGAUCCAGCAGCAGUUCUAUGGGCAGAUCCUCAGCAGGUUUCAGAUCAUCUACACGCUGGGAUACUCCUUGUCCCUGGUAGCGCUGGUUCUUGCACUUGGCACCCUCAUUUUCUUCAGGAAGCUGCACUGUAUGAGGAACAACAUCCACAUGAACCUCUUUGCGUCCUUCAUCCUGCGGGCGCUGUCCGUCCUGAUCAAAGACGCUCUGAUGGAGGACCCGGGCCUGAAGAUCCGGCACCAGGACCGGGACUUCACCCGGGACAUCAUCACCCCCGUGGACCUGCUCGUCAACAAUGAGACCACGGUGGCGUGCCGCAUUGCCAUGGUGAUGAUGCAUUUCAGUAUAAUGGCCAACAGCUAUUGGCUGCUGGUGGAAGGCAUCUACCUCCACAACCUCCUGGUCAUCGUCGUCUUCAACGAGAGGAACUUCUUCAACAUAUACCUGUGCAUCGGCUGGGGAGCUCCACUUUUAUUCCUCCUACCGUGGGUGACCGCAAAAUACUUAUAUGAAAAUGAAAAGUGUUGGGAGCUAAAUGUUAACAUGAAUUAUUGGUGGAUCAUUCGGUCGCCCAUACUGCUGGCAGUCGUGACAAAUUUCCUCAUCUUCAUACACAUCAUAAAGAUUCUGGUCUCCAAACUCCGAGCACACCAAAUGAGAUACACAGAUUACAAAUUCAGGUUGGCCAAGUCCACGCUGAGCCUCAUCCCUCUGCUGGGCAUCCACCAGAUGGUCUUUGUGUUUGUGUUGGACGAGUCGUCGGAGAACAGCCUCAUUCUGCGUUUCACUAAGGUGGCCAUCGAUCUCCUGGUCACGUCUUUCCAGGGUCUGCUGGUGGCCAUCUUGUACUGCUUCUUCAACAAAGAGGUCCAGUCGGAGGUGCUGAAGAACUGGAAGCGGUGGAAGCUGGGCCGCAACAUCGAGGAGGAGUACCGCCACACCUACAGCCAGCCCUCCCACAUCAAGUCCGGCAGCCUGCUGAACCCCACCCAGCGGCUGCCCAACCACCUCCCCGACAUCACCACCACGACCUCCACCGCCGGCGCCGCCAACAGCCACGCCGCCGCCGCCGCCCUCGCCGUGCCGGAGGAGAAGCACAGGCUGAUGGUGUGCUGCGGCGGCGGCGGCGGCGGCGGCGGCGGCGGCGGCAGUGGCUCUUGCUGCGGCAAGGCGCGUUCGGACCGGCGCUCGGCGCACGAGGGCAACGCCAGCAGCUACACGCUGGCGGAAGACAUCAGCCUGACGGAGAAGAGCCAGGGCUACGAGGUGACCGACGGGGACAGCGACGGAGGCAGCAAUGCAGAGACCCAUUUGUGAAAACAAGGGUGAAUGGGAAAAAAAAAUGUAAUGGUGGAAACCCUUGUGGAUGAGGAAAAGGAUCGCUAGGUCCGGCAUUGGGUCCUUGAGCAACAGCAGGUUUAAGCCACGGUUUAAAACAUUUUGUCUUUUCGGACUGUGCUUUGGCUGGUCAGCACUCAGGGCUGGCUGGCUGGAUGGCUGCCUUGGCCAACCCCUCCUCACCUCUGAACACUCAGUGGGGAGAGAGCACGGGCCAUUCAGCCAAAGAGCCAGGAAUGCACCAGGAACUUCAUGAGGAAAGGCUCUCUCUCUCUCUCUC